CUCAGGGCUUUUGUAAAAAAAGAAAGCGAACUAUUAACUCCAUUCUUUGACAAAAUUGAAACAGCAGUCGGUAUGGAAAAUAAGAAUGAAGAUGAAAGACAAAAACUCAAUCGAUCUCUAGCAUAUCAAUAUGAAAAAUUGAAAGGUAAAGAGUUUACGUGGGUGGAUGGUGUGGUUGUGCUGAUGAAUUUGCUUUAUGAUAGAGAAAAAAAGCAAAAUCUGCCACCUUUGUAUAGUUUUCAAGAAUUACGAAAGGAAAUAGAAGACAAGGAUCAUCGGCUAAGUAUUUUUUUUAAUUCUAUUUAUGAUGCUGCAAAUCCGUUUGAAAGAAGCGAGGAGUAUUUAGAAAAGCUAGACAAACGUCUAGCUUUUGAAUGUUAUCUUAUCUGUAGCAAUCGUAACUCAAAAUUAACUUCAUUCAAGACAGAGAUGUCGAUAUUUUUAAAUUCUAUGAGAACAGCUCAUGAAGCAAUUGAUGCAUUCAUAUUAGCUGGAGUUACGAUUACAUCUCGUCACAUGGAUCGAAAGAAGGCUGAUAUUGCAGAAUUACACGAUGAUUUGGUUGAUGGUUACCUUAAUAAGAACGUAAAGAGAGCAAUGAUACUUAAUGUCGACGACUAUCAUAAUAUUCAUGGCAAGCGAACACCCAACACUUGCUCCACAUCAGCGGCAUCUCAUAUGACGACUUUGUUAUUAAAUUCAGUUGAAACUGAUGCUAUUCCGAUCUAUGGAUCAAAUGGCGUCUCAAUUCACAAUCCUAUACUAAUAGAUUUUAAUAUUAUUUCAAAAUAUCUAGACGAAAAAUAUAUGAAACGCAUGGCAUUUACCUCCAAUGAAGCUUUCUCCUAUAACUUUCCAUUUGAUACGAGGCUAGAGGUAUUAUCUUUGCAUUCAUAUGAUGAUCAAAUCAAGGCUCGAGAAGAAGAACGUAAGAUGAAAGACAGUAUGCUGUUUGAUUUUAAUGAGCAAAAGCUCAAGACUGUAGACUCAUAUGUUAAUGCUUUGGCAAAAAUAGCCAACAUAAAGAAGGCUAUGAAUACGUUUAAAGAAGUUUUUGUUACUAAACGAAAUGAUACUAAUUCUAACAAAGAGUGUUUAUUACCACUUACAACUAAGACUAAAACGACUAAAGGAGAACGUCGAUUUCAUCUUGCAGGUUUGAACAUCGUGGCGAACAAAAAACAAAUGCUAUUAGGAUUCAGUAGUGACUAUAUCCCAGCAAGAGAUGAAU